AAUUCCAAACACAAAUUCAAAUCCACCGCAUUUUUUUGUCCUACUGCUGCUAGAGCAUAGCUUCACGCACGCAACCAAGCAAGCGCCAACUCCCCCCCCCCCCCCCCCCCCCCCCCCCCCCCCCCCCCCCCCCCCCCCUCGCCCUCUCUCUCCUCGCCUUUUAAAUUCUCCCACCUCUCAUCCCGUUCAGUCCUCGGUCCCUGGAACUCUCUCUCCCCCUUUCCGUCGUUUCUUCGUCUUGAUUUGAACCAAAUCAAGAACCCAACUUCGAAAAUUCAUCACCAGAUGGAGCGACCCAGAUUCGUGAUCGAACCAUCGGAGGCCGAAUCAAUGGCAAAACAAUCAGGCCUCUCCGUUCUCCAACUCCUCCCCUCUUUGGUGAAGUCUGCCCAGCCCCUCGCCCGCCCCUCCAUCUCCAACUUCCCUGUCGGCGCCGUCGGGCUCUGCUCCGACGGCCGCAUCUUCCUCGGCGUCAACCUCGAGUUCCCGGGUCUACCGCUCCACCAUUCCGUCCACGCCGAGCAGUUCCUCGUCACCAACAUCGCCUUCCACCGCCACUCCAGCCUCCGAUUCGUCGCCGUCUCCUCCGCCCCCUGCGGCCAUUGCCGCCAGUUCCUUCAAGAAAUCCGCGGCUCACCCAAUAUCAGAAUCUUCAUCACAUCGUCCCAAAAUGAGGGCAGUAACCCCGGCGACGACGCAGACGACGACGCCCAAUUCAAACCAUUAUUGCAUUUUUUGCCCCACAGGUUCGGUCCCGACGAUCUUCUCGACAAGGAUGUUCCCCUGCUUUUGGAGCCCCAUAACAAUGGCCUAGUCCUUGUGAGGAAAAAGGAGGACAGCUCGUGUAAUGGGUUUGCGGAGUUUUGUGAGUUCGAGGACAAUUUAGUGGCGGCGGCGUUGGAGGCUGCGAACGAAUCCCACGCGCCGUACAGCGGGUGUCCUUCCGGCGCGGCUUUUGUGGACUCCGUGGGGAAGGUGUACAGAGGGUCGUACAUGGAGUCUGCGGCCUAUAAUCCGAGCUUGGGGCCGAUUCAGGCGGCGCUGGUGGCUUACGUUGCCAGCGGCGGAGGCGGUGGAUACGACCAGAUCGUCGCUGGAGUUUUGGUGGAGAAGGAAGGGGCAGCGGCGGCGCAAGAGCACACCGCGCGGCUGCUGCUGCAGUUGGUCUCGCCGCUCUGCGAGUUUCGGGUGUUUCAUUGCCGUUCGGCUUCGAAUGAUUGCAAGAAGUCGUCUUCGUCCUGAUCUUCUUGAAUCAGUGUUGCAGUCAUAAGAGCCCUUGAACGCCUGGAAUUCACCAAAUGCUGUCCUGCACACAUACUCUGGAAGCAAUGGAAAGGCCCGCAGCUCGAAAGUGUAAAUUGAUCCCGGAGGAAUCAGCACGUAAUCUCCAUAGCCUUUCUUUAUGGAGUAGCAGCUAAUGUGCUGGUCAUAGGGCGUCUCGUUGCUUAUGUUAACUCUUGCAUGCUUGCAUCGAGGGGCGCAUGCCUUUGCCCCAAGCAGGGGAAAGAAGAAGAAGAAUAGGAGAACUGAUGAGAUGAGGUGUGUGACCAAGAAACUACCUUUCUUCACCAUUCUUGAUUGCUUCCUUUCCUCUCUUCUUUGCAUGUGUUUGAGAUGAAUUCCAUUAAAUAGUGCAAACUCAACAGCAGGCUUUCAAAAACUGAUCAUUCAUUCUUUUUGAGUAAAGAGAAAAUGCUACUUGUUUUAAUUGAUUUGCGUUUGUAACUGAGAAAAAGGAGUUAAAAGGAAAAGUCAAGCAUAUUCUGACUCUUUUAUUAUCUUUUAGAAUGAGGCAGUUUUAUUUGCCAAGAUUUUUAUAGUUGGAGACUUUUGAAUGAAGGAUAUAUAUAUGUUCAUUAAGGGUUGAACUCUUAAUAAACUAAUCUUUUU